AUGGUGACAGCACAAACUGGCAGUCCUUGUUUGAGAGUAAAGAAAGGUGUUAAAAUGAUACAUCUAAACAUCCGUAGCCUCUUACCAAAACUUGAUGAAAUUAGAGCAGCAUUGAUUAAUAACCCUGUCGACAUAUUAACUCUGAACGAAACCUGGUUAGAUCCUAGUAUAGAUGACAAUGAACUGUAUAUACCAAAUUACACACUGUAUCGCAAGGACAGAAACCGGCAAGGCGUCGGUGUGGCAUGUUAUGUGACCGACAAUUUACAGCAUAAACUGAUAACAGAACUUACCGAGUUAGAUAUCGAAGGUGUUUGGGUGGAAGUAAAGCACAAUGUCGGCAAGCCUAUUGUUAUUGGUUCGGUCUACCGCCCACCAAAUUCAACUACAGAAUUUUUUGAAAACUUGGAAACGGCCAUGACCGCCGCCACAGCUAUUUCUGAUGAGGUUUUCUUACUUGGCGACCUCAACUGUGAUGUAUUUAAAAGUAGAUCCUGUAAGAAAAUCGAUAAGAUCUGUAGCACCUUUCAAGCAAAACAACUCAUAGAUGAACCGACCCGUGUAAAUGAGAACUCAUCCACUUGUAUCGAUAUCAUUAUAGCAACCUUACCUGAAAAGGUGUCAGAAUCUGGUGUAUGUUCUACUGGACUGAGUGAUCACUGUUUCACUUACGCUGUAAGGAAAGCUAAGCGACCUUCGGGAAACCCUAGGACGGCAACGGUGAGAUCCUACCGGCGGUUUGACGAAACAGCUUUUCAACAAGAUCUUCACAGCGCACCCUGGUCCACAGUUGAGGAAUGCACUAAUAUUGAUGAUGCACUUAGUAGUUUUCAGACAAUGCUCACUGAAAUUUGUGAUAAACAUGCCCCAUGGGUAUCUGUCCGUAUCAGAGGCCAUGAACCACCUUGGAUAACGCAAGAGUAUCUGUCCAUGGCGCGUGAAAGAGAUUUUUACUUUGAUAAGGCUAAGAAAACAAAACACCCAUCUAUGUGGGAGACAGCUAAAAAGGCACGAAACAAAUGUAACAACAUGGCACGAUAUUUAAAAAACAGUAUUACUGCAAUGAAAUCGAAACUAAAGGCAGUGACAGUAAAGGUCUUUGGGCCACACUUAAGACCCUUUUGCCAUCACGUCAAGCCAAACAACAUGUCAAUGUUCCUAAACAAGAAGAAAAAAACACUGCGAAUGAAUUCAAUACAUACUUUACCUCAAUUGGCUCUAAACUGGCUGCAGCUUUUGCGGGUAUAUACAGAACGGUCUCAGGACCGGCACAGUUUUCCUUUGAAUUCGAAAAUAUCUCCACUGAGUUCACUCUUAAGCAACUGA